AUCCGAUUGAUGAAAAUUUCUCAUGAAUUUGUACAGUUCCGGGGCAUCAUGCAAUCAGAAGUUCAAAUGCAGACCAUCAGCAUCCCAAGGCGCGGGGGUGGGGCCAUCAAAUCCUGGGCAGAUAUCUUGGGAGUUUCCACAAAUGUGUGCAUAAUCCUGUUUUUUUACUUAUUCGAAGCUUUCUACGUAAUGCCACAGUUUUUGGGAUUGUUUGGACAGUUGGUUCAUUUUUUGGUCACCACUUGGAUUGUCUACAACAUUCUGGAAAACCUAAGGCUUUGCGCCACCACGUUGAGCACUGUGGACUCUUUGCCGCCGGAAAUGCAGCAGCCGAUGAAAGGUGAGGAGCACCUGUGGCAUUUUUGCAAAAUAUGCCAAAGGAAUGUACCGCCAAGGUCCUGGCACUGCAACACCUGUGAUGCGUGCAUUCUAAAACGCGAUCACCACUGCAAUUUCGUUGGCAACUGCGUGGGACACAAUAAUCAGCGAUACUUCAUAUGGUUCUCAUUUUACGCGGCCAUCGGUAGCGGAGUGGCCUUAUUUGAUAACUUCAUGUUGGCCCAUAAGUACGGUGUUGGAUUUUUUGAUUUAGUCACAGCCAAUUUAAUUAUUUUUAACGCGUACAUGAAUCCUGGUAGACAAGAUUUAGUGAUUUUCUAUCGAAUAGUCAUUGUCUUGGCUGUCAACAUAUUCGCCGUUCUGUUUCCAGCAAUACUGUUUUGCACCCAAGUAGCGACGGUCCGCAAAAACUCAGUAAUGCACGAUUAUUCCGAUCGAACCUAUGACCUUGGAUUCGGGAGUAACUUGGCCCUGAUCCUGGGAAGUCGCCGAUUAUGGACUUGCCUAGCGCCAACUAUCAAAAGUCCCCUGCCCCACAAUGGCACCCGAUGGAAAUCGAAGCGUGCCGUCUAGUCCGAAUCUAUCUAUCUAUUCUUGACCAAUGAGAUUAUAUUGUAUUUGCACAUCCCA